CUUUCUGCUAAGGAUGUAUUGUGGCUUUUGUUUGGAUUGCAGCAUGCAGAAUUACAGCUGUUCAGAGGAGACUCAUUACAACUCCUGCUGAAGCUCCUAAUCUUCUUCCCUUCUCUUCUACCCUUUCCCCCUACCCUCACUUGGCCUGAAGACGUUCUUCCCAGAGUUUACCUUGCUCCCCUGGUGCUAUGUGUAUGGUGAACCUGGCACUAUGGCUUCGUCUGGGACUGGCCAGACAACUGCUGCUGGCUCUCCUUAUUCCAGGAAGGAUUUAAAGGGGAAUUGCACUGCAGGCAAUGCACCAGAGCAGCAGCAUCAGGAGCUUGGGGAGUAAGGCUCCUCUGGCAUUAUUACACACAUGCAAAGCUGACCGCAAUGACAGCAGCUGCUUCUUUGAACUGUUGGCAGCAGCCAAGCGGCAGCAUGAAGUGACAGAUCACUCCUGAGCUCAAGAUGAACUCCACCUUGGAUGGUAAUCAGAGCAGCCACCCUUUUUGCCUCUUGGCAUUUGGCUAUUUGGAAACUGUCAAUUUUUGCCUUUUGGAAGUAUUGAUUAUUGUCUUUCUAACUGUAUUGAUUAUUUCUGGCAACAUCAUUGUGAUUUUUGUAUUUCACUGUGCACCUUUGUUGAACCAUCACACUACAAGUUAUUUUAUCCAGACUAUGGCAUAUGCUGACCUUUUUGUUGGGGUAAGCUGCGUGGUCCCUUCUUUAUCACUCCUCCAUCACCCCCUUCCAGUAGAGGAGUCCUUGACUUGCCAGAUAUUUGGUUUUGUAGUAUCGGUUCUGAAGAGCGUCUCCAUGGCUUCUCUGGCUUGUAUCAGCAUUGAUAGAUACAUUGCCAUUACUAAACCUUUAACCUAUAAUACUCUGGUUACACCCUGGAGACUACGCCUGUGUAUUUUCCUGAUUUGGCUAUACUCGACCCUGGUCUUCCUGCCUUCCUUUUUCCACUGGGGCAAACCUGGAUAUCAUGGAGAUGUGUUUCAGUGGUGUGCGGAGUCCUGGCACACCGACUCCUACUUCACCCUGUUCAUCGUGAUGAUGUUGUAUGCCCCAGCAGCCCUUACUGUCUGCUUCACCUAUUUCAACAUCUUCCGCAUCUGCCAACAGCACACAAAGGAGAUCAGCGAAAGGCAAGCCCGCUUCAGCAGCCAGAGUGGGGAGACUGGGGAAGUGCAGGCCUGUCCUGAUAAGCGCUAUGCCAUGGUCCUGUUUCGAAUCACUAGUGUAUUUUACAUCCUCUGGUUGCCAUAUAUCAUCUACUUCUUGUUGGAAAGCUCCACUGGCCACAGCAACCGCUUCGCAUCCUUCUUGACCACCUGGCUUGCUAUUAGUAACAGUUUCUGCAACUGUGUCAUUUAUAGUCUCUCCAACAGUGUAUUCCAAAGAGGACUAAAGCGCCUCUCAGGGGCUAUGUGUACUUCUUGUGCAAGUCAGACUACAGCCAACGACCCUUACACAGUUAGAAGCAAAGGCCCUCUUAAUGGAUGUCAUAUCUGAAGUGGCUCAGUUAUGGGGUUCCCGUGUGUGUGUGUGUGUGUGUGUGUGUGUGUUAUCUCUAAGUAUUCCUAAUUUACUAGGAAAUCUGGGACAGAAUACUUUGACUCUAAGCAAUAGCAUACAAAUUAUUCGUACGGAUACCUUCUAAGUUUGUAGAAAUGGUUUUCAAAAGUGCUUGUGAAUUAGAAGACUCAAGAUCAUGAAGACAAAUUGCUCUUGCUCUCAAUUUUUCAAAUGUCUUGGACAUGACUACAGUUCUCAGAUUUAAAAUGAAUAAAGCCAUAUCUAACACCUCUUUCCAGCUGGCAUGACUGAACCUGAGUGUGAAAAGCGUCAGCAUUUUAAAAAGUCAUCAUUUUCUUGUCACUUUCUGGGUUCUUUCCAGCUAUUUGGGCUACAUGUGCAAUUGAUUUCUUCUAACAGGGAAUAGUAAAAUAUAAAUUAAAAGGUUUUAGAAAUUACUUUUUAUGUAUGCCAAAGCAUAACUACACUGCAAGUUUCAACACUGUUAUUUAGAAAGCCAAAUGUUCUAUGUUUUAUUCUCUUGAGAGAAUUCUCAGUAGGGUGAAUAAUGUGAAAAUAUAAACAUUAAUUUUAGAAUUUUACAGUGAACCAUGAAGCAAAAGUGCAAAUUAUACAAUUUAUGAAAAACUGAGCUACUUUUUGUGCCGUGCUUCACAGAGAUCUAAAGAUAUGUGUGCAUAGAAGUGAUCGUGUAGUAUUUUUGCCCAUGCCUUUGUGUUAUGUCUAUAUUUAGAAUAUCCGAAUUGUUAGAUUUCUCUUUUACAGCAAAAUGUGUUUAAGCUAAAAAAUAAUUCAGUGAUAGGCUGUUGGCUGUCCAUUUUAUAAUGGUGACUAUUUACAAAAAAGUGUCUUUAAUAUUGUCUGUUCUUUCUAUUCAAAGACUUCCAAAAUACUAGAACAUCAGGGAGAAGGGUGUGAGUCAUAAGCAACUGAGUCAGAAAGUAUACCGUAGUAUACUGAUUGUUUUUUUAAAAUACAAGGGAGUUGAGACAUUUUCUUUGUGGUUAAAUGAAAUCAACUAGUUGUUUUUGAAAAGUAUUCUUUCAGUUAGUGCUAAGGAAUCCACAUUUGAAGAGGAGAAGGGGAAAUACUAAGUCUCUUAUUGCUAUUUUCUUUCUGGAAAAAAAUCCUUUGGCAUACAGUUCUUAAUGGUCUUUUUUUUUUUCAUGCCAAAGUACUAGCAAAACCUAUAGGAUUUUAUAAUUCUUCUAUAGAAUUAUUAUUGAGAGUUAAGUGUGUUUGUAUGUAGUAGUGAUGUUUGUUCUUAAAAGUGAUUAUCUUUAGAGCAAGAGGUUUAUUUUUCUAAAAGGAGAGAAGGAAUUCCGGCAGCUCCAGGCACGAGAGUAUUUCCUCUACUUUUCUGCUGUUCUGGAAAUGUUCUGGAAAUCUUCAGGAGACUUAUUUGAUCUCUGCCUUUGGCUAGAGGUUGUAAUCUGAAUGUGACAGUGGUGUUCAGUGAGAUGGAAGAUGGAAGAAACCCAGGGGACAUGGGUUAAAGUGGAUUUCUGAAUCCAAGAAAGGACAUGGAUAUUUAUAAAGCAGGCAUAUAAGCUUUGGUUUUCCAUCAUGAUGCCAGUAUUCUUAUGAUUUUAGGCUUUAGACAUCAACUUGAUUUUAACCUCAGUUGUGUUCUAUUUAAACUUUUUUAUUUUAAGUGACUAAGCAUUAUAUAAACAUUCAAACUUCAGAUUCUGGGUUUUUCCCAAAACCUUGCUUGCUCUUUAUGUUUAGUGUUAGCAAAUUUUAUUCUAAGCUGCUUCAAAAUUUAGAACUCAUACUGAAAUUGCAAGUUAUGUUAGAAAUGGCUUGGUUAAAUUGCCAUUUCAAAUGGGAAACAUUUUCUGUUAGAUUCUGAAAAAUGGUUGUAUUGUAUAAGUGGUACAGAUCUAAAAAACCAAAAUUUACCUUUUUUCAUAUAUGUUAGAGAAUGUAACCUGUUCACAUUUGCAGUUUGCUUAUGAAUUUUUAGUUUAGAAAAUAUGGCAAUUUAAAACAGUUAAUUUUUGUUGAAAAAUUGAUGUUAAAUUAGUAGGUUUGAUCUUAUUUUGUUGUGUGUGUAUGUGUUGGGAGACAGGAGAUGCUCCUGGACACAGUAAUGUCCUCUUUAGUGGCUGGGGGUGUUUUCUAUGUGAUAUGUUUGGAAAGUUCAUGUUUAACUGAUCUUUUCAUCCUGGCAUAUUUAAUGCAACAUUUGAUGACAUUUAGUUUAAAUACCAGUCUGACUUCAAAAAAAGUGUAUUUUUAGAUUCAGUUACCAUGGCGUUGGCAGGAUAUCUCAUUUAACUUUAUAUGGCAUGUGACUGGUAUCAGAGGAAACGUAUACUUUUGGUGAUUAUGUUGAAAUUAUUUCAUAGUAAAUUUUAAAGUAGGAUUAUACUAAUGUUAUAUUUGUAAACUAGUUGUAUUUUUUAAUGCAGUGAUUUCAGUGAAAGUGUUUUUUUCCCCCUUCUUAGAGUAGAAAAGCAAUUACAAAUGGACUAGUGUGCUCAACUUUAGUGAGAGCAUUAUCCUGACACUAGAUUGGAUAUUUGCGUUUUUCCACGGGCCUAUUGACUCUUACUCAAAAUUCCGUUUUGGAAAAGGUUUUCUUUAAGCUUUAUUGCUGGAUAAAUUAUUUUCGAGCCUUUUAUAAUGGCUUUUACUUUUUACUUGAAUAAUGGUCUCAGUAUUUUAAGGAUUGGGAAAACUUGAAUUUUUUUUUACCAUAAAUGCAUUGCCCACCUCCUUGAACUUGAAAAUGAAGCAACAGGGUUAGACUCCCAGAUGGCCCAGAUGGUGGAGUGGUUUCUAGUAGGGUUUCCUCAGCUUUUGAGGUUUGUUUGAAAAAUCUGCAUGUUGACUUGAGAUAGGAAUUGUCUUAAUUUCACUGACUAUGUUUUUGUUUCAUAGUGUUUGGUGAAAUUAUCAGCAAGCCAAAAUUUAUUGUUAUAUGAGCAAAUUUUGGGAAAUUUAAGAAUGGGAAAACUGUGGCAUUGAGAUUUUUUGAAGUCCUCAUAAAUCAUUUUGUGUGUUGAUUUUUGUGUAAUUUUUUUCAUUUUAGGUUGAAAAACUAAAUAUUAAGUAUUUAUAUUAAAUUUAUAUAUUAUUAAUAUUAUGUUGCAGACCUUGGAAAUAUUGUAGACAUUUCUUAUGGCUGUAAACGAGUCAUUUGGCCUUUCUUCAAAAUUUGUGUGACAAAAGGGCAUCGUAUAGUAAAAAUGAAGUUGGAACUGAGAAUAAAAAAAUGUAGGCUUCUGUUUCUAAUUAAGUAGUUUUGUAAAUAUUGCAUUAGGGCAAGUCACUUCUCUAAAUGCUAAAUUUCUACUAAAAGGAAAUAUUGAUCCCUUCAUACCUCAUAGGGUUAGUUUGAGGCUUGCGUUAGAUAAUAGAUGUGAAAGUACUUUGUAAAUUGUAAAGUGCUUUGCAAAUAAAAAUGAUUACUGUUACUUGUAUCUGCCAUUCUUCUACAUGUAAGGAAGCCAUACAUCAUGAUGAGUUCCCCCACACUUUGAUCUUUGAAGCUCAAUGCUACACCACUACUCUGUGCUACUUAGCAAUCCCAGACUUGAGAAGAGAAGCAAAAUAAAUGCUCAUCCUCCUAAAAUGACAGUAGCCUUAAAUUCAACAUAAAAUUGCUUUGAUUUACAUCCUUUACUUGUCAUCAAACUCUCUGAAGGCAAGGGACAGUGUCUCUUAUCUGUCUGGUUAAUAUCUUUAUCCCCACAAUCUGACAUAGGACCUGGCUCAGAGCAGAAGUUUUAGUAAGUUUUAUAGAAUGAAUAAAUGACUCUGUAAUUAUUGCAUGUAGUCAAACCAGCCUUCUCCCUUCUGUGAGGGAUUAUAGGGCAGUGAUGUUUGAAAGGUAGUCCAGAGCCUCAUAAGCAACCUUCCAUUUGGUCUAGGUUAUUCUAGAUUUUAAAUAAUAAAUAAUAUCUCUUUAUGGUAUCAAGAGAUUAAUGUGGUAAUGUGAGUCCUCUAUAUGCUUAGAUAACUUUAGUUCUGGAAACUCUGUAGCUUCGGCCCAGAGAGCUUCAGGCAGUGCUUUCAAAUUGCCAGUUUUUCACAGAAUGGAUUAGGAAAUAUGUAGUUGGAUCACACCUUCUUGGCUCUGGAUCCAGAUAAAGCUCUGUAAAAUUGGUCACAAGGCCAAAGGAACUAUAGAAAGCCUUGAUGAAAGAAACUUUCUAUGUGGUUUUGCUUUGUCUCCCUUUCAGCCUUUCCCAGUUUUUUAGCUCUGUCUUUCCUUCUUCCUUCCUUUUCUUACCACACUAUUGGUCAUGUAUCCAGAAGAAGUAUUUCCUUGAUACUGCCAUAGGGUAUGGAAAAUUGUAUUAUGUAAGAGCAGUGGCUUUUAGGGAAAGUUUAAGAAGCAAUCAAGAAGCACUUAUCUAGCAAGUUCUGCUGUGUGCCAGGUAGUAUAACUAGCCUCAGAGAGGGAUCAAAGAAGGAUCAUUCCUUUAUUGUAGAACUAUAUAGUCUUUAGGUGUUUCAUGUGGAAAAAUUCUGUGAUUAUCUGUCUUCCAGGAAGCCUCACUGUUCUCUACUUUAUCUGGAAGAAUGUACCAAGGCUUCCUGCUGGGCCACCCCCACAGCUCUAUUUUUUGUGGGGUGCAAUCAUAUGAUGCUGGUGUAUAAAAUCAUGUCACUUUAUUAGUUUAAGAAGUAGAUGCUGGUAAUUGAGAGCAGUCUUCUCUAUUAGUAGAUAUUUAUGGGAAGCCAAACUGUAUUCAGAAGCUUGCUUGGUGGGAAUGGAAUCUCAGAACAUGGUUCUGUAAUGUGAACAUUAUUGGGAUCAUAGUAAAAGAUGAAAUCAUCCCUGCUUCCAUUAUUGACUAACCUACCUUCUCAUUGACAUAUUACGGUAUUUCCUUAGUUCAAUUAACUUCUUCUGUUACUUGUCUUUUAGUCAGAUUCCUUGCAAGUCUUAGUAGUCUGCAAGCCUGCAACUCAUUCUUUCUCUUUAAGGUAGUUUUUAUAUCCCCAGCCUUAUCUUCUAUCAUAAAACAUACUAGUUUUAUGAUUUGUUAUUAUUCAAAACACAUCUUUAUUCUUUACGUUAGUUUGAGGGAGCCACUCAUCUUAGUUUUCAUGUAGUUCCUAGUUAGAAAAGCAAAAUACAUGAAACUACCUAUAAAAAUUAAUAGUAUCAGAUAAUUAGGGAUGUGAUAUUCAUGUCAGAUCAUGUCUAGCAGAGGAGGCAGGGAGAGGCAGAUGAGUUGGAAAGGACCUUAGAAAUCAUUUGGUCUGAUUCUGUUAUUUUGCAGACGAGAAACCAGCCCAGUGGCCACUGGGUUAUCUAUUUAUGGUAAUACCCAGACUUCAUGCUUCCUAAUCCGUUGCCCUUUUCUAGUAUAUCGCAUUGCUUUUGCAGAGGAGUUGGAAUUUGACUUGAUUCAGCCAUGCCAUGGGGUGGGCACAUGUGUAUGUGUGUAAUUCUAAGGGUAAGAAGUAUGAGCAAUAGUAUAAAUGUUAAUUGAGACUCGUUAUGUUUCAGGAGAAUUUUAUAAACUUUAUGUUAAUACUUCCAACACUGUAGGAGCUAUUGACUAUUAUUAACCCCAUUAUACAGAUGAAACAGAUUUUGAGGUGCCAGCGUCAGACAGCUUGUAAGUGGAAGAUCUGGGAUUCAAACCUAGGACUUCCUGACUCCAAAGCCUAUAUUCUUACCUUAAUUUUUUCUUACAUUCUACAUUUAAUUUUCACAGCAACCUAUCAGGUAGUUACUUUGAAUUUUCCUAUUUUAUAGGUGAGGAAACAUAGGCUUAGAGAGGUUAAGAAGCUUCUAAGGUUACAUAUAUAGUAAGUGUUAUGAUUCAAAUCCAAUUCUUUGACUCUAAAGCUUGUAUUCUGUACCAUUAUGUAAGCCUAGGCUUUAGAAACAUAUGACAGACCUCCUGCUAAAUAUAGCAGAUUGAAUAUGCAUAUUUCUGUUAACUUCACUAUAAAGAAUAAUAUGGAUAAAAAGAAGGAGAACAGAGAUGAUGACAGACAGUGAUGCCAGCAGAAUUUUGGAAUAUAGAAAUUCAGUGGACAAGUAGUAACUGACGCAGCGGAAUCAACAGAGCUGCUUUCUAAAGUCAAAUGAGGAAGAGGAGCAAAAAGAAACAGGCUGAUUUGUCUAUUGACCACAGUAACUACUUGGGAAUUGGAUUCCUAAGAUGUCCCUAUAAGCACAGAGACUGAAAAACAAGAAUUGAUAGAAGCUGAAAAACAGAAUAAUUGAUAGAAAGUUUAUAUAAGGAACAUUUAGACAUCAUCACCCCUUACUCCUCUUCCCCAUCCCACCUGAAUCCCCAUCCCACCUGAAUCCCCAUCCCAAGCAGGCAACUGGUUUUCACCAUUGCAGCAGAAGGUGGGAGAUUUACUCUUUGGAAAAGCUAAACCACUCUAGAUGCCAGGCAUAGCUGAGAAUGGGACUAAAGGUGUGCUUUGUUGCAAACAUGACUGCUAUAAGAAAGUCUGUAUGUUAAAUAAUCAGCCCCCUUACCACACUACACUCUCAGACUGUUCUAAGCAGGAUAUGAGAGGAGUGUAUUCUGGGGACUGACAUUUGAGGGCUCAGAAACAAAAUAGCCACAUUCCCUGCCUAGUCACUUUAAGGUGAUGCCCAUCAAUCAACAUAUCCCACCCAUGCACACAGAGCUCACAGUUUUUUAUUGCUUCACUUUUAAUAUUAACAGACAGCCAGAGAUAAUCGCACUUUUGAGAAAAAGUUCUCACAUAAAGUAUAGAGCCCAAAACAAUCAAGCAAAUGACAGAAAUCAGAAGAAACAGAAAGAAUGUAGGUUGCUGAAGAAAACAACCAAAAAACCCAACUGUAACCAACAUUCUCAGAUAAGAUUUUGUAUCCAUUAAAGCAGGGGAAAACAGAGUGCAGUAAAAAUGAAUAGGAAGAGAACAAGAAAGAACUCUUGCAAUUUAAAGUAUAAUAAGAUUUUUUUUUUUUUUAGUAAGCAGGCUAGAAAAUGAAGUAGGCCAGAUAGUGAAACAAAAAGACAGAGAGACAGAAAAUAGAUGAAAAAGCAAAACAAUCGGAGGUUUAAUCAGGGAACCCAACAGGAUCUUCAGAAACAGAAUAGAGGAAAAGAAA